CACACACCUGACCCCGCCCACCCGGACAGCCCUGCCUGCAGCAGCGAGCACACUCCGUGAACUUCCCUCAGUCGGUCCGGAGCGGAGUUCGGUCAGGACGGAAGGGAAGAAAAAGAAGUGAUAGGUGGCACCAUGACGCUCCUCCUGCUCCUGAUGACGAUGAUGAUGAUGAAGACAUCUGGCAGCAGCAUAAUGACAGAAAGGUUUUCUGACAGAGGAAUCAGAAUCAGACGCUAUGCCAUCAACCCCCUGGGACACAAGUGGACUCACCACAACAUCACAUACAGGAUCAUCAAAUUCCCCAACACUCUGAACAAGGAGGACACUCGGAAGGCCAUUAGCAUCGCCUUCACCAAGUGGAGCGAUGUGUCGCCGUUGACCUUCAUCGAGGUUACUGAUGGCAACGCCACUGCUGACAUCACCAUCGGUUUCUACACCUUCAAUCACACCGACUGCUGGUGGUCUCCUCUUCACCCGUGCUUUGACGGCCUGAAUGGGGAACUGGCUCACGCCUUCCUUCCGCCACGAGGAGAGAUCCAUUUUGACAACCACGAGUUCUGGAUCCUUGGGAAGUCCAGGUUCAGCUGGAAACAAGGAGUCUGGCUGAACGACCUGGUCCAGGUGGCAGCUCAUGAGAUUGGUCAUGCUUUGGGUCUGUGGCACUCCAGAGACCCUGAAGCUCUGAUGCAUCCCAACGCCACAUACACCGGACAGAGAAACAUUGCUCAGGAUGAUGUGUGGGGGAUCCAAAGACUCUAUGGAUGCCGAAAUAAGAAGAGAGUCUGUGAUCCAUGGGCUCGACUUGGUUUCUGUGAGCGAAGGAAGAUCUUUAUGAGGAAGAACUGUCCCCAGCGCUGUGACCUCUGCUAUGAGCCCUUGGAUGUGGUUGCCACGCCAACGUCGCCUCCGGCCAACGUAAAGAUCAAGAUGGUUCCUCGAGGGAAGGUGGUGGGUUUUCGCUGUGGGACCAAAAGCCCCCGCUCGCCCCCUAAAGUCAGCUGGUACAAAGAUGGCGAGCAGAUCCUGACCUCCAUCCCUGGUUACAUCGUGAUGAAGGACAGAGACCUCCGCAUCGUCGCAAACGAGUUCAAUGAGGGCAUCUACACCUGCCGGAUCCACCGACGCGGAGACAUUGUAUCUGCCAACUCAUGGGCCAUCCGGCUGAAACCAGAGCAGCCGUCAAACAGCUGAGAACAUCUGCAGGGAUGGACACAGGGACAGCAGAUGCUGGGAGGAUAGGGAGACUUGUCGUGGGACAUAAUAACCCUCAGGAAAAGUCUAUCAGUUUCUAGGGUCAGGUGAUCAGUGAGGUUUCUGAGAUUUGAUGCAGCUUGUGGUGCCAACAGGAUGCCUCAUUCCCAAAUCACUCGUCUGAUGGGGAAACAUAGAUCCAGAAAUCUACAGGCCCUCUGGCAGGUGAAUAGAUCUGAACUUUACUUCACCUCCUCAUAAUCUGUAUUGAUGUCAGGGACAUCAACAGGUUACACAACUUAUUGUUAGUCAGUUUCAUGAAGACCCUGCUGUGCUGUCUAUGACCUACAUGACCUGUUUGAACACAACACUGAAGGCAAUCAGUUCGCUGCUAAACUCCGAGUCCUCUCUGAGAUCCUCUUUUGCUCUCUUGGAUGUUUCUAUGACCUCAGCUUUAUCUGUGAAGUUUUGUUAAUACCUGGGAUUUUUCUGUGCCUCCACCAUUAGUUUCAGCCUUGCUACAGAACAGAAAACACCAUCAUUAUUUUCAUACCUGACCAGGUAUUCUCCUUGGUAUGAAUGAUUCCAGCUCUGAUAAAACUAGCACAACUUUAGUCCUCCAAGCUCAGAUGGGUGUGUCAGUGCUGAGGAGGAGGUAUCAGCAUCAUAUCAGCAAACGAUGGGUUGUUUGGGUCAGGCUGUGUCUUUGUUACUACCAUGAGAGAAUGCAGGUGAAGAGGUCUCUGUGCAGAACCUCAUCCACAACCACCCAAAGCUGUGAAAUAUCGGAGAGCAAACAGAUGUUUUAGAAAUCAUUCAGCUGCGAGGCACUCAGUGGAAAUCCAGCUCAUUUCUAUGUUUUCAUUUACAGUUUAGACUUGACUAGGAUACAGUUUCAGAGCAUUAUUUUCUGAAAUCUCAAUGUAAAAACCAUAAUAAAUAGCUCUAACUGCUAGCAUGCUAAUGUUAGCAACAUUUUGUCACUUGGUAAAAUUAAAUGUUAGCCUUGAUAGCAUUAGCCUGCUAUUAUUGCUCCAAUACUGUCUGUUAGGGUUGGUUUCCUAUGCUAAGUUAAACGUUAGCGCCAGGAUGCUAACAUUGGUUUUGGAAACUUUUUACUUCGUGUUGUUAUUGUGAUUCACUUCUGCAGAGAUUGUUUCCAAAUGUUUUCCCAUGGGGCCAAAAAUGUCACAUCUAAAGUAGAGGGAGUCUCAAAAUAUGUGUUUUUUAGCUGCCCAACAAACUGAACACAAUAUUCUAAUAAAACAAGCAAAGUAGUCUGAUUUCUGUUGAGUCUUUAAAUCAUAGAUCCAAAAUAUAAAAGGGUCUCAGGUUUUCCGGGUCAGUAAUGGAAAAAAGAAAAACAGCAUACAAUGUCCUAAAUUUUUCAGACUGAUUAUUUCAUCUAGAUUUUUUUGUAUGUGUGUAUUUUCAACAUCAGUAACAGGAUAUUGAGCCACGUUUAAUAAAGGAGAGCGUUCAAGUCUG